GACGUGAACGAAUUUCGGAAGUUCUUGGUUUUGUUUAUAUUUUGAUUUUAUUGAACUAAAAUCAAAAUUAAACUAAAUUUAAUAAGAAACUAUAACCAUGCAGCAACCUAAUUUACUGGGCAUAGUCCCAGAGCAACUAUUCCAAACACAUUCCAUCACUGAUAUUGAUCAGGUGCAAAAGAAACUUCAAUAUGAAAUCGAGAGAAAGAGAGAAGAAUUACGGGCCAUGGUUGGGGAAAGAUAUAGAGACCUCAUUCAUGCGGCAGACACCAUAGAAGAUAUGAAAGUUACAACGGGCAGCACAUUAAAACACAUCAAUGAUAUGAUGGUUGCAUGUAAGAACUUGCAUGAUACACAUUUAGUGGGCUUUAAGAUUCAAGAUAGACCUAUACAGUCUCAAAGUUCUCAGAUAAAUGUGAAUCCUGUACAUUCAAUCUCUGUACAAAUAAAACUAUUGAUGGAAAUACCUGAGAGGAUUUGGAAGUGUAUUGGCAAUAACGACUUUGUGAAGGCUGCACAGCUGUUUAUAAUGGCAAGGCAUAUUAACACAGGUCUACAACUACAUAUUGGUGGCAAUAAUCCAAAGCCUGGCAUGCAGUCCUUACAAAGGAUAGUCCAACAGCAGUGGCAUUCUGUUGCCAAUUUGAGCCAAACUAUUGUUGAUAUGUGCAGGCAGAAACUACAAGAUGUAGAUAUUAGUGUUGAGGUGGCAUGUUCAUGUCUAGUAGGCCUCUAUUUACUAGACCCACAGCCCAUAGUCCAACUCCUAAACACUCUAAUAGACGUCCACAGCAACACCAGUUUGAAAGCCACCUUACAGUUUGAUCUCGCACAAAUACUGGAGGGCGAUGUCAAAGCACAGAUUAAGAAGAAGAUUGUCAAUGGUGUCAAAAUUGUUCUGAAGACUGUUGAGUUGGUCUAUGCUUGCUUUGUAGAAAAGGAGGGAGGAGCAGUGUUAGAAAAAUUAAGAGGCCUCUACAGAACAGAUUCUCAGCCUUUAUUGGAGUUGGUACAAUUCAGUGACCCCAGCGCCACAAGAUUAUUGCCAUCGGCUGUGACUAACUACAGGUUAUCUCCAACCAAAGAACUGCAGCCCUUGGCCAAGAAGGAAAUAACGGACAGCGUUCAGAAAUGGAGUGUUUGGGUGAAGUCGUUCAUAAGUGACAACGUGCACGCACUCUUACAAAACGUCAACCGCAUCAAAGUAUUGCACGAAAUUAGGGAAGAAGCCUUCAAAAUCGAAUCCCCGCCAAACUGGAGUUCAAUAUGCGAAUCAUUAGACACACCGGAAGUGCAUGUAUGGUGCCACUAUUUCCAACCGCUGCUCACAGCGCGAGUUAAAACAAUCAUAGACAACCGAUGGCAGAAAACCUAUGACUCUUUCAAAACUCAGCUGUUGAUAGACUUGACUAAGGUGUCUUCAGACAAGGAGGUGGAAAAGGAGGCGGAUAUAAAUUGGUUUGUCUGGAAGGACCUUAUCGGCGAUACGAUAAUUGAGACCAGGAAUGAAGUUGUCAGCGUUAUGAAUAAAUUGAUGAAAGGUAUGACCCGUCAAGACCGCGGUUUUACCCCAAACCUUGAAAAACUCUGCCAAAGCUUGGACGACGAACUGCAGAAGCUUCUAGAAGAUUUGAAGGACUAUUUGUACGAAGAGAGAAAGAGUAAAGAGAAGAUGUUCGCGUAUGACGAAGAGGAAGAUUUACAGCAGGUGUUUGUGGACAGAGUUGACAUUGAACAGUACUUGAGGGACACGUCGGAUAAGAAAAUACAGAGCAUGCUCCUCUACAUAAAAGCCUGUUUCGAGGAACCAACCCUCCAAUCAACAGAACUGCAAAGGAAGACCACCGCAAUAUACACCGCGCGCUUCAUCCAAGCAACAACCGACCUUAUGCCUAACCUCCGCAAAUGUUAUACGAAUGAGGACCUCCCAAAUGAUGCUGAAGUUAAAUGCUGGAACGAUAUUUGUGUGGUUUUGAAGAAGAAUUGUCUUCUGUGCUGGGAGAAGUGGUUGGGGAUUGUUGAUGUGAAAAUGAGGCAGUUGACCGAGGGAUUGCCUCAAGAAUUUACGUUGGAGGCUAAUAUUGAUUAUUUGAUGAUGCAAUGGGACAUAAUCAAAAUAGAAGAAAAAGAUGAAGAGGGAAAUGCAAUAGAAUCAACUAUAAAAGUGCCAGCCGGGCCUUCUAUGAAACUACAAGAAUACCUCUAUUCCGUCAGUAGAAUACUGGACGAAGUGGUCCCGCAUACCUUACCCACAGAAAUACAUACUGCGUUUAUUGAGAAAACUAUAUCCAUCACCUUCGCGCAUUAUAACAAAGUCAUUAGAGAGAAAGAGACAGAUAUAAACCAGAGAUGUGCGCUUCAGUUACUAAUGGACGUUCGACAUAUGACGUUGUUGAUGGUGCCUCGAGAAAACAAAAGAGCCAUAGAGUUUUCUCAGGACAUGUGCGAGUUCCUGCGACAGAAGAUCGAUCCGUUUGACUACGACGUCUUCUAUCCGUAUAUACAGGCUAACUUGAAGAGAUCCGUUCAAAGAGUUCAGACGCUACUAGGAAGUUUGAUCCUCCACCACGGUCAAUUAACCGGUAUAAUCGGUACCAAACCAGUAUUAUCCGGCGGAACGGGUGAUAAGGCGGCUUCCCUGCUGGCUUCGGCCGAUUCUCACUGGUUCUCCAUACUACCCGUCGCCACUCCGGCCAAUUUGCAUAAGAAGCAAGAAAAACCUGUAAAGAAGAAACCAGUAUCCGCAAGUCCGAACAAAUCGCGCGCAGACAUAUCGGAUCUGAUGACCAGUUCCUUACCAAUCAACUUUGCUAACGCGAGGAGCGGCGCUGCGUCCUUCUUUAAUUCCAUGACGUCCGAUUGGUUUAGCGGUUGAAGAGAAUUGAUUCUGUACGUAUGUAACCAGAACGCUAGCAAAAUCGAAGACAGAUAGUACUGAUAAGAUACAAUAAGACAAUUUUUUUUUUUGAAAAACAUUCUGUAUUUUUUAAAAGUCCACAAUUUAUUGCAAAUAAAACAUUUGACUGACGCUAGAGGUCAACGAACGUUUCGUUAAUAGGUCAAUGCCGCGAUGCAAGUGGGGCAUUGACCCGAGUUUUGCUCGCUAUAUAAUGCGGGUUUUAAAAAUUCUAAAUCACUACAAUUACAAGAUAAGGCAAUUGGUUAUUGUCAUUGAAUUGUGUUAAGGUAGUAUAAUAAUACCUACUAAGUUUUUGCUAACGUUCUGUUUACAUCCUGUAUUAUUCAUAUUCAAUUAUGCAAUUGUUUUAUAAUGCGUAUGAUAGGACAUACCAUAUUUGAUAAAUGUAUAAAUUGUCAUCUCAAACGUACGAAUUCUUUAAUUUCGCAAUGUAAAAAGGAUAGCAAAUACUUUGGUACAUGGAUAUGGACUUAUACGAGUACGCUAGAUAAGGUGUGCCACACAAAAUGACAGUUAUUUUUAUGCAGUUUCAAAAUGCGCCACCGAGCGCACCGGGAAUUAAAAUUGACACCUAUGGUGUUCGUGUUGACACUAUGUCGACAGACGUCUCAACUUAUAACAUAUAGUUCCGAGUACGCUCACCGCUGAUAUCAGCGCCAAAAUGGCGAUAAUCAAGUUCCUUCAAAAACAGGUGGCGAUAGCACAUCUAACGUACUUGUAUUAGUAUAGGUCAGUGCUUUUGUACUAGUUAAUUUAGUUUAGUUAAGAGAUUGUACCUAUAUUUAGUAAGAACUAAGAAAGUGCUUUAGUAUUAGGUUUUUUGUCAUAUUAUUUAAAAAUUAAAUUAAAAUUCAUAUAUUUA